AUGCUAUUGGUACUUAAGCUAUGGAGCAUAUCGUUUUAUUACAUACAGCUGGUGAAUUGGGUAUUUGUUGUUUGCUAUUGCGAAAUGCACUUACAUAUUAUAUUCUUUGGUAUAGGACAUCAUGUGGCUGUAUAUCUGUGCACAUUGCAUGACGAUGGCUUUUAUGUUGUCUUUGAAGUUGGUGAUAUCAAAGUUCCAAAAUCAAUCCUCGAGCUGCCUGGCUUCAUCAUGAAAUUGGAUGGCAUAAAACAAUUAGCCAAUCUUUAUGAGUACUCCUGUGCCAGAAAAGACGACGAGACAGUCAUUUCCAAGCCGAAAAUACUCUCACCAAAUAAUACUGAAAUGAGUACUAUUAUCAAUACUCGCAUCACUUUCUUUAUCAGAUGA